AUGAAACUUUUGCCUUUGUGCACUUGGCUCCCGUGCCUGCUGCUCUUCUUCUUCGGCUUGUGUCCGGUCGGGCGCGAGUGCGGCGCCGUCGCGAGGAGGACGCCCAGGUCCAAGAGGGAGCUGGUGCGCGCGAGGGAAGCUGCUGCUGGCUCCGUCCCGGGCGCGUGCGGCACGCGGCUGCCGCGGGGGAAGCGCUCGGUGGCCGCGCUGGAGCGGCGCGCGGCGACGGCGGCGGCGGGGGAGAACGGAGCCGAGCGCGCGAGGAGCGCCGUUUACUUCACGGGCAGAGGAGACCAGCUGCGCUUGAAGCCCAGCGCCGAGGUACCGCGAGGCAACUUCACCCUGGAGAUGUGGACCAAGCCCGAGGGCGGCCAGCGCUCACCUACUGUUAUUGCAGGGCUCUAUGACAAAUGUUUCUACGCAUCCUGUGACCGAGGGUGGUUACUAGGCAUCAAGCCAUUGAGUGAUCAAGGCAACAGGGACCCUCGCUUCUUCUUCUCCCUCAAAACUGACCGAGCGCACAAGGUUACCACAAUCACCUCCAAUGCACCCUAUUCGGCCAACCAUUGGCACCAUCUAGCCAUCACCUACAAUGGCCUCCACAUGAAGCUGUACGUGAACGGGGCUCAAGUGGCCGUAAGUCGAGAUCAAUCAGGCGAGAUCUUCAGCCCCCUCACCAAAAAGUGCAAGGUGCUAAUGAUAGGCGGCAACGCCCUCAACCACAACUAUCGAGGAACCAUGGAGCACCUGAGCCUGUGGAGGAGAGCUCUGACCCAGCGUGAGAUCAUCCGGUACAUGCAGGGACAUGCCCGUGAACACCCAAAUGAACUCUCCCAACUGGUCAUUCAUGAGGACUUUGAAAACGCCUCUCAGAGGUGGUUGACAGUGAAAGAUGGAACCUUUCCACAGACGAUGCUCUCAGACAGGACAUGGAUGGGUGACCUGGGGAGCUCCACCCAUACUGCACUGCUUCCACCGCCAUGUGGCCAGACCAUUUGUGACAACGUGGAGGUGGUAACCAACUACAUCCGUUUCUGGAGCUUCCGCAAGCCCAAGACAGUGCGGUACCGGCUUGUAAACGUGUACGAUGACUAUGGCCGGUGGCCCACGGUCACGGAGCACCAAAUCAACCUCCAACACCAACACCUGAAUGACGCUUUCCGUGUCUACAACAUCACCUGGGAGCGCACUGUCCACAACGUCUACAAUUCCUCCCUGCGCAAUCGUCUAGUACUGGCUAACUGUGACACCAGCAAAAUCGGCGAUGAGGAGUGUGACCCAGAAUGCAACCACACCUUCACUGGUUUUGACGCUGGCUACUGCAAGAGGCAGACUGCAAUCUGUCCCAAACACAAACAGGGGAAUGGAGUUUGCGACCCAGAGUGUAACUUGGAUAGCUUCUACUACGACAAUGGUGACUGCUGCAACCCCAACAUCACUGACGUCACCAAGACUUGCUUUAAUCGUACAUCGCCCUACAAGGCUUUCAUGGAUGUAAAGGAGCUGAAGGAUCUCCUGCAUCUGGAUGGCUCCACACACCUGAACGUCUUCUUUGCCAACUCCUCUGACGAGGACCUAGCAGGAGUGGCCACCUGGCCUUGGGAUAAAGAGGCCUUGACACAUUUAGGUGGGAUCGUGCUGAACCCCUCGUUCUAUGGUACAUUCGGCCACACGCACACCAUGAUCCACGAGAUCGGCCACAGCCUCGGACUGUACCACGUCUUCAGGGGGAUUUCAGAAGUCGAGUCAUGUAAUGAUGCCUGUCUGGAGACAGAACCUUCACUAGAAACUGGUGACCUGUGCGCAGAUACAAACCCCACACCCAAGUACAAAUAUUGCAGAGACCCGGAGCCUGGAAAUGAUACUUGUGGCCAACGUUCCUUCAAGCACACGCCAUACAGAAAUUACAUGAGCUAUGCUGAUGAUGCCUGCACAGACUCCUUCACUCUGAACCAGGUGGCUCGCAUGCACUGUUACCUGGAUCUGAUCUACCAGUCCUGGAGGUCUGGCAGUAAGCCAGCCCCAGUUCCUCUUCCUCCUCGCCUGAUGGAGCAGGGGCAAGCCUCACUCACCCUGGAGUGGUUCCCCGCAAUUACCGGCCAUUACUUUGACAGAGAAGUGGGAUCAGUAUGCAACAGUUGCACUGAAGGCGGAGUGCUCAUGCAGUACGCCACAAACUCAUCUUCCCCAAGACCCUGCGCUCCAUCAGGACACUGGAGCCCCCGGGAGGCGGAAGGUCCUCCGGACGUGGAGCAGGUCUGUGAGCCAAGCGUACGUACAUGGAGCCCCAACGCUGGGCUGGACUCCGGCAGCGUAGGCUCGGCCUCCUGCCCGCUGCAGGGCUGCAUGCUCCAGCUGGACUUCACCUACCCACUGGUGCCUGACUCGCUCACUGUCUGGGUCACCUUCUUUUCCCCUGAAGAGAAUGGCCUGGCUGCCAUCCACAACAUUCUUCUCCUGACUCUGAGUGGGAACAACAUGUCUCUGGGCCCUCAGAGUGUCUUCUGUGACACACCACUCACGCUGAAGCUGGAAAUGGAUGAGGAAGUGUAUGGGGUGCAGUUCUUCACCAUGGAGCAACACCUGGAGAUUGACGCCACACUGAUGGCUUCCAAGCCUGGCAACAUGCUGUGCCAGGCGUGCCAACCGCUGCGAUAUAGGCUAGCCCGGUAUCCGCCUUUCAGCCAUGCCCCUCAUGGAGUGGUUCUCAUGGAGCCCAGGAGAUACAUAGACAGAGAUGUAGAGCCUGGUGAGACAUACACCUAUCACGUGCUGACUGUGUCCAAGACAGCAGAAAGUGAGCCAUCUCCUCCUCUCAUACAUCAGCUGGGCUCACCCUACUGUGGCGAUGGACUCAUCCAAAAGUAUCUGGGAGAGCAGUGUGAUGACAAGAACUUUGCCAAUGGAGAUGGUUGCUCCAGCCAGUGCAAAAAAGAGCCUUUGUUUAACUGUGUUGAUGAGCCCAGUCUGUGCUAUUUCUAUGAUGGUGACGGUGUGUGUGAGGACUUUGAGCGGGAGACAAGUGUGAGGGACUGUGGACUCUACACUCCCAGCGGUUUCCUGGACCAGUGGGCCACAGGGGUGGAGGUUUCCACUGAGGACAGGGUGCAUUGUCCUUCUGAAGUGGCUGCUGGGUAUCCUGCUGUGACAAAGAGCUGCCAGUCGAAGGUGUUUGACCUGUCUGACGGAGUAUCUCAGUAUGCCUGGUUUCCAUGUGAAGAGGCACAGCUGCACAGCAGGGUCCACCAUUACUGGCUAAAGGCAUACUAUUCCCACCCCAUGGUGGCUGCUGCAGUUAUUAUUCACCUUGCUGCUGAUGGAACUGCCUACAGUGACCAGACCCAGGCCAAUGUGACUGUUCAUCUGGUGGACACCAAGGAGCAGAUCCACAACCUUGGCGAAUGGCGGUUGAGUUGCCGGAAUAAUCCUCUGGUGAUCCCCGUGAGUCACGACCUGAGCAUGGCCUUUUACAGAACCAAGGCCAUUGUGGUUAGCUUCCGCUCGGCUUUGGUGGCUAUCUCAGGUGUGGGUCUGCGCUCCUUCCAGUACUUUGACCCAAUCACGAUCAGUGGCUGCCAGAGCAAUGAAAUCUACAACCCCAUGGGCCAAAGUUGUGUGCAUUACUCGUGUGAUGCCAUUGACUGCCAGAAGCCUCUAGUGCAUAACGCAGAGAUGAGAUGCAGUAGUCCAGGCUACUUCAACGGCGUCCGCUGCACCAUCACCUGCAACCGCGGAUACACCCUCAAAAUCCACAGAGACGAUGACAUCAUCAAAACACAGUCGGACUCCACGGCAACCCUGACCUGUGCAGAUGGGAAGUGGAACAAGCAGGUGUCCUGCGAGCCUGUGGACUGCGGCCGGCCCGACAAGUACCACGUGCACCCAGCUGUCUUCCAGUUCUCUGAGGGCACCACCUACGGCAAGAGGUGCACUUUCCAGUGCCGGCAGCCAGCACAGCUCAUAGGCACUAACAAUGUACUUACAUGUAUGGAGGAUGGGAUGUGGUCCUUUCCUGAAGCUCUUUGUGAACUACGCUGUCCCGCACCUCCGCCAGUCCCCAACGCCAUUCUGCAGACCAAACGCUGCAAUGCCACUGGCCUCAAGGUGGGCUCCUUCUGCAAGUACAAGUGCAAGCCUGGCUACCACGUCCCUAGUGCCGAGAAACCUAAGAGACGGGCGUUUACGAGGCAGUGUACGGAGGAUGGAAGCUGGCAUCCAGGUGUUUGUGUGCCAGUGAUGUGUGAGCCACCACUGCCAGUCUUCCAUGGCAGCUACCAGUGCACCAAUGGCUUCCAGUUCAACAGCGAGUGCUGGCUAAGCUGCCCAGGGGCCAACCACACGGCUGCCUCCACCUCCAGUGUGAUCCGCUGUAGAAAGGAUGGGAACUGGACAGGCUCUUUCCAACUCUGUCCAGGACUGAAAGGCCAGUGCUCCCUCCCUCAGAACCUGGGCCCUGCCAUCCUCACCAGCUGCACUGAAGGACUACACAGCAUUGGAGCCAAAUGUGAGCUGGCCUGCAAUGACACUGGCAGUAGUUUGGUCCUUCUCCCUAGAAACAUGACCGGAGACGAUUUGAUGAAAGACCACUGGCGAAACCCACCCAAAGUUGAGAGCAUUGUAUGCACAAUUGGACUGAAGUGGUAUCCAAGCCCAGAUACUCUCCACUGCAUUAAAGGCUGUGAGCCUUUCAUGGGUGAUAACUACUGUGAUGGCGUCAACAACCGAGCAUUCUGUAACUACGAUGGUGGAGACUGCUGUCAUUCUACUGUUAAAACUAAAAAGGUGAUCCCAUUCCCCAUGACUUGUGACACCCGAGAAGACUGCUCGUGUCGGGACCCAAACGCCCAGGAGAACAGCAAAGGGCUCCGCCACCACAUGCUGGGCUGAGGCUGGGCUGUCGACCCCCAGGAGCACCUGACAGGAGGAAACAAAAAGAAAAAAACAUUCCUCUCUCCAUGCUGCUUACAAGAGGGCCAAUCCACUCACACUGCUCCCUGACACGCCUGCCGCUGUGCCCUCGCUCCCUCAUCCAGCAACACCCACCCACCAGGGUAUGCCACCCAAAAAACAACACAAUACAAAAAGAUAUAUAGGGUUCAACUAGAGAUGAAAAGAGUCAGUUUCGUAGGACCAAGCUUCAUAAUACAACAAUAAAUAACCGUAGAUGUUGGUCAUAGAGUCUGGACUGGCCAGCUUUAUUGUCUUGUGUUUCCUUUAGUCAGUUGUUAUUUGUAAG